GUCUUUAUGAGAAAGUGGUUUUCGUCGCGGGGGGUGAGAAAAAAGCAAAGGAAAAAUUCAAGAAAGUCUGAUCACACGUGGGUCAUGACUACGUCGUACAUCGCGAGUACGUAAUUUCGAGUCGUUGGUUUUUUCCUUCCUUGUGUUCAGGGUGCAUGAGACGAGUGUCGUUCGAGAGACAAGUGUUGUUAAUAUCAUGCAUGCUCCUUAGGGAACAACAUCAAAAUGAGUCUCUGUUCACGGAGACGCUUUCGCAUCACUCCUAUGCGAGCUCUGGCGGCAUUCUUUCUGAUGAUUGUGCUGUUCUGGUAUAGCCUCAGUCGGCAAGAAAUUCCGCAGCAGCCAUGUAGCGUGCCUGAAGAAUUUACUGAGAAAUUACACGAUCUCGCUUAUAGAGCUCAUUUGGUCCUCACUAAGUUGGGCAUCGUCCACUUUCUCUGCCUGGGCGGCCUUUGGGGUCAAGUUCGAAUAGGCCGCGCACUGCCGUGGGCACGUAAAGUGGAACUAUGCUUGGUCGACACGCUUCGCGACGAUGUCUUAAUCACAAAAGCCUUCCGAGAAGUCGGUUUGAGUGCAACCUACCUUCACGCAGCGGGAAUUUACAGGAUACAGGAACACGAAGUCGGCGAAAAUGCACCUAAAGUGGAAGUGGUCGUUUUCGAGGAAGACGCAGUGACGCAGAUGGUGAGAAGAGUCGGCUGGACCAGAAGAGUCCUGCCUCCAGACUGCGAGUUCUCGCCGAGUCUACAGUGUUUUCCACCACAAUUAGUGAUACCUCCUCUACCGGCGAAACAAUUCGGCGGCCAAUUGAUGCCCGUGCCACGAGAAGGCAUAGAAUUACAGAAGUAUCAUUAUCCUAACGAUUGGUGGUUGGAGAUCAAGCCCACUGACUGUACCGAGCUCCAAGACACAAAUGUGUAGUGUACAAUCAUGGUGCAAUUAGUCCUAGUGCAAUAUUAGAACAUAUAUAAUUCGCUAAAUCGGAACAUUGUCUAAUUGUUUAAUCAGCUUGGAUAAAUUCAGUUAUGGUUUAGUUAUUCUUAGUGUUCAACUGAUAAUUAACUUGGAUUAUAAUGAAGAAAGUACUGAGAUAUUUUUUACUAUAACCAAAAUAUUUUCUAGAAGUAGACAUGACAAAUAGAAAAUGUGUAUGUGUCGACAACGAUAAAUUUUGAGUUAUUAUAAUUGAUUUAAAAAUCUAAUUUACUCUUCUAAAAAGUUUGAUCGGCGCACACAAAGUGACAACGCAAUUACUGCUUAUAGAAAGUAUUCAAGUGCUGUCAUAAAAUAAAAUAAAACGUA